UAGGACUCACGGGGAGACAGCAGGGGAACUGCAAGCUUAGCAAGGAGUCUUAGAGGAGACCGAGCAAGCAAGCAAGGGACAGGGUGUGGGAGGGAAAGGGUGUGGAAGCAACAUGCUGACCAGGGGGCGUGGUGCACACUCAUUAUGCUAAUGGGCAUGUGUGGGGUUGCUGUGAUGUGGGCGCUCUAGGUACCCAGACAGACAGAGAGGUUUACUGGCAGGCGGCUACUUGCUACCAACACCGGGCACAAUGGCUGAAACGCAGGUGGGGUUGCACGGACCAUUCCCGGACCCACAGGUCAGGUCAGGUCCAGACUCGGACUCUGAUUCAGACUCAGAGGGCCUGGGUACGGGCAGUGCUGGGCCAGGCUCAGGCUCCCUGCCCCACUCGCAGGUCAUCCACAGCGGCCACUUCAUGGUCUCCUCGCCGCACAGCGACUCAGUGCCCCGCCGGCGCCACCAUGGUACUGAGCCGGAGCCAGCUGAUCCCCACACCAUCGACCUGACCCUCACUCGGCUCUUCGAGUGCAUGAGCCUGGCCUACAGUGGGAAGCUGGUGUCUCCGAAAUGGAAGAAUUUCAAGGGUCUGAGGCUGCUUUGCAGGGAUAAAAUCCGCCUCAACAAUGCUAUCUGGAGAGCCUGGUACAUCCAAUAUGUGGAGCGGAGGAAGAGCCCUGUGUGUGGGUUUGUGACCCCCCUGGAGGGCUCCGAGGCGGAAGAGCACCGGAAACCCGAGGCUGUUGUGUUGGAGGGGAACUACUGGAAGCGACGUAUCGAGGUGGUGAUGAAGGAGUAUCACAAGUGGAGGAUUUACUACAAGAAGCGGCUUCGAAAGUCCAGCCGGGAGGGUGAGAUUUCCAGCCCGAAGCAGGAUGAGGGUGUGUGGAAGCCAUCGGAGAAAUGGUGCAACCAGCUGUUCUCCAGCGUUGUGCCCAUGCUGCUGGGGGAUGAGAAUGAGGAGACCGGAGGGCGGCAGCUCUUUGACUUGGACAGCUUCCUCUCGGACAUCUCAGACACACUCUUCACCAUGACGCAGCCCCCCUGCUCCCACCAGAUGCUCCCAGAAGACGCCUACACUGGGAACGCCGACAUGAUCCAGCCAGGCCUGACCCCACUGCAGCCAAAUCUUGACGAUUUUAUGGAAAUCUCAGAUCUCUUCACCGGCCACCGCCCACUGCCUAACCAAAUGCAUCUGAGCUACCAAGAGCAGCCCUGCUUCAUGCCCAUGGCUGACACCCUAUAUGGCAGCAGCAGUGCCCCACCUGCCAGCCAUGCAGACCCACUGAUGGCCUCCAGAGCCCUGCCUGCCAGCUACGUUGAUGCCCCAAUCCCGCCCAAUGGCCAUCUACAGUCUAGCAGCAACUGCUCCUCCCGGCUCAGCCUGCCUGGCUCAUUCCUCAGCCCUGAUUUCCAGCCAGCCCCGCAGCCCGUGGACCCCCGCAGCGGCCUGUGCUCUGACCUCAAGCACAAGCCCUCGCUCCAUUAUGGGCUCCCCAGCAAGAGUCUCAGCAUGGAGCCCUUCGCCCCUUCCUACUGCACCCCAGCAGCCCCCCCAGGAGCCUUCCUGCUGGGCCAGGACCCCCUGUACCCACCGGCUUCAGCACCGAGAUCCAAAUUCCAUUACUCCAGCUCCAUUAGUGGCUCUUCACUGUCCACACCAUGCUUUACCCAGCAUGCACCAGGCUUGAGCUACAGCGUGGACCUUCUGCCAACAGCAUACCCUGCUCUGUCCAGUGCCCAGCCCCUGCCCCCAGUGAUGCGGAGCGGCCCCAGGUUUGCCACCCCUAAAGAGCAGUCGCCGCCUGGGGGCAGCAGGCCAAUGGUGAAGCCAGCCAGCCCCAAGACAAAGAGACCCAUGGGACUCCCUGUGCCCACGCGUGUGGCUGUGCCCAACCCCUGCCUGACCCAGCUCCUGACUGCAGACACUCUUUCCCUUCCAAGUCAGGUGGACUCCAUCUCUGCUCAGCAGCCCUUCUCGCAACAGGAUUCCAUGGUCGAGGAAACCAAAGCAGGGGGCCUUGCUGAAGUCCCCUCUGGCUUCCUGCCCCGCAUGGCCCAGCUGAGUCCAGGGCUGUCUCCUGGCUCCAGCCCUUCGCAGUCUGUCCCCAUCACAUUGGCUGUGGCACAGCCAGGAUCCCUGCUUGUCCCCAAGACGGAGCAGCUCUCCCCCCCGUCGGCCUGUGCCAGUGACUGGCUGAAGCCUGGACGAGUCUCCCCGGUGCCGGUUGGGGUGCUGACUGCCGGGAUCUCGCUGCAUCACUCCACCCCCAGCCGGGGUAGGCCGGAGUCCAGCAAGACAGAGAGCCGCCGCAUCACGCACAUCUCCGCUGAGCAGAAGAGACGCUUCAACAUCAAGCUGGGCUUUGACACCCUGCACGGGCUGGUGAGCACUCUGAGUGCCCAGCCCAGCAUCAAGGUCAGCAAGGCCACCACACUGCAGAAGACAGCAGAGUACAUCUGCAAGUUGCAGCAGGAGAGGGGCGCCCUGCAGGACGAGGCGCAGCUGCUGCGGGAGCAGAUCGAGGAGCUCAAUGCAACCAUCAACCUGUGCCAGCAGCAGCUGCCCGCCACAGGAGUGCCCAUCACCCGCCAGCGCUUCGACCAGAUGCGUGACAUGUUUGACGAGUAUGUCCGCUCCUGCACGCUGCAGAAUUGGAAGUUCUGGGUUUUCAGCAUCAUCAUCCGGCCUCUGUUUGAAUCCUUCAAUGGCAUGGUCUCCACAGCCAGCAUGGACAGCCUCAGCCAGACGUCACUAGCCUGGCUGGACCAGUAUUGCUCCCUCCCAGCACUUCGGCCUACUGUUCUGAGCUCUCUCCGCCAGCUGAGCAUUUCCACCUCUAUCCUGACUGACCCAGCAUGCAUACCCGAGCAGGCCACCCAGGCAGUGAUGGGGACAGACCCCAGCAACAACUCCUCCUAGUUACAAGGGAGGAGCCUGUCACACCUGGUAAGAUGCUCCAUUUCUGCAGAACAACCACUCACCUUCACCAGCAAGAGUCUCCUAUUGCAGUCUCAGUCCCGCCGUUGCCAUACUGCCUCCCGGGGACUGCACCCCCAUCCAUGUGGUGGGAGGCCGUCAGCAAAAGGAGAGACAAAAUCAGUGCAUGAUCCAGGACACAUGCUGUAUCAACACAUUCCACUACCCAAGAUGCUGAUGUCCAGAAGAGCUUUGCCUCGGAAAAUCCUUUACCUGAAAAUAGCACCGUGCAAGGCUACAGAGUAACACAAUGGUGGGAAAUGCCGCUGGUCUUGGAGAACCUGGUUCCUUCACAAUGACUCCCUCCAGGUGCUGAUCUCGAACUAAAACACUGGUGUACUCUAACUUGAACAAGAGGCGAAGUAGCAAAAGCUGGUGACUUUAGGGAGAGGGAUAGCUCAGUGGUUUGAGUAUUGGCCUGCUAAACCCAGGGCUGUGAGUUCAAUCCUUGAUGGGGCCAUUUAGGGAUCUGGGGCAAAAAUCUGUCUGGGGAUUGGUCCUGCUUUGAGCAGGGGGUUGGACUAGAUGACCUCCUGAGGUUCCUUCCAACCCUGAUGUUCUAUGAUUCUAUUCUAAGUGGAAGCUGAGGGACAACCCCGAAUGUGGAGAGCUUAGGCAAACAUUUGAACAUUGGCUGAUGAAGUGCCCUGGCAACGUCCUGUACUCCCAAGGAAUUAUUGAGAUCAGUGAGAACACCAGGUCUUGGCUGCAGUUUUGGAGUGACAAGCUAUGAUGAUGACCAGUGAGAGCAGGGCCCCAAGGGGUUCAGAGGAGCCCAGGGUGCCCACUGAGAGGAGAGCGCCUUCCCCAACUCACUGCUCAGCUCUAGAGGCAGCAACCACUGACCAUGGGAGGGAAUCACUCAGCUGCAUCCCCGGAGAUCAAGGGACAGGGAGACCACAAGAGCUGCAGAAAAGCCCACCUCAGCAACAAGAUGCUAGUUCCUCAUCCCCCACCUGUCCUAGGGAUGGAAGUGCUCCUGGAGAGUUGCCAACAAUGAGGCUAGUGCAUGAAGCUCUUUGUGGUUCCAUGGAAGAUGCCCCAUGAGAAAGUCAGCAUCUCUCACUGCCCAAGCCUUAUCUUCACAAAUAUGGCUACUUCUGUUCAGUAUGGGAGGGCCUAGACUCUGGAUAACCAACUCUAUCCAGACUCUUUGUGUGUUUGCUUUAGUCUCCAGCCCAUUGUUAAUAGCUCCUAUGUCCACACUAGGUCUGAGUGGUUACUCUGGCUGGUGGGGGUUAAAUUCUAAGCAGUGGUUGUUCUGGUCAUAUCUCUGGUGGAAUCCCCACCUCCCUUUCAAUCCAAUUUGAACUCAGAAGCUGGCUUCUGGAGUGGAGAAUACUGUACAAAUCAACAGAAAGCUCCUGUUCAUAUUGUUGUUGUGCCCAGCUGAAUAAUUGGGCUGCUCGGUUGUCUCCUGCUGCAUUUUGUUGCCCUUUUGCUCCUUUUCCUGUAACGUGAGCAACGUAUCUUCUUGUCUCUCAUGUUUGGAACAGUAGCUCAAAGGCAGCUGCUGGAUUUCCCCUUCAUGGGUGUUUCCCAAGCAAAUGUUCUCUGUCUUUUAAUUUUAGGAUGUUCUAGAAUGCAGGAGUUUUCCCAUGAAUGUUGUUUGAUGUCAUGUUGCCAAAGGAAUGUCCUGUUCCUAUAUCCCAUGCAUGCCCUGGCUCUGUAAGUAAUGGCAGAUCCUUUGUGAUAAAGAGACUUUGUUCCCUCCCA